AUGGAGGAACAUGAAGAUGUUCAAUAUUGUUUUCAAGACAGAAACUCUUCUUGCAGAAAGCAGCUCCACACUCCAACCAACCUGCUCAUCCUCUCUCUGGCUGUGUCAGAUCUCCUGGUGGGACUGAUUGUGAUACCAGUAACGACUGUAGCAAUAAUUGAAUCAUGCUGGAGUUUUGGGGAAUAUUUCUGUGUGUUUCAAUUCUACGUCUCUUGUUUGUGUACUUCUUUAUCUCUGGGCAAUUUGGUCUUGAUAUCUAUUGAACGCUAUGUUGCUGUGUGUGAUCCCUUAUUGUACCACUCUAAAAUAACAGUAGUGAGUAGGUGCUUGAAAGAAUGUUUUACUGGUGAAGGAUAUAUGUGGGGCAAAAUAAUUGACUUCGUAAUUACAAUCGUUGUCCCGUGCUCUAUUAUUUUAACACUUUAUAUGAAAAUCUUUGUGAUGGCCAGAUCACAGGCCAGGAAGGUAUUUUCAAAAGAUGCUGCCAGUGUGUCUGGUGUUAAAACUGUACAAGCAAAUAAGUCUGAGAGAAAAGCAGCAAAAACUCUGUCUAUUGUUGUUUUCAACUAUCUCAUUUGUUGGAUUCCAUUUCUGUUUUGUUUUUUAUUUUUUUAUUUCUUUAGUGACAAUUUAUUAUCAUUCAUCAUCAGCUUUCUGCCACUUUCUAAUUCCUUAAUUAAUCCAAUAGUUUAUGCUUUAUUUUAUCCAUGGUUCAAAGUGAAGGCUAAACAUAUUUUCUCUGAAGUUAAGGCGUUCAUAGUACCUAUUUUUUUAUUUCCCAGUUUAAAAAAAUAGUUAUGUUAUACAAUUGUUCUCUGACAAUACAGAGAUGAAUGUGGUGUUGAUACAGAAUGA